AUUAGAGUUUUGUUGUCCUACAUCUCUCCUUCUCCUCACUGUACAAAGGAGAGGCUCCUUCUGUGUUCCGUCUGUUUUGACACAUUUAUUCCAGUGUGUCUUGGUUGUUCUUCUUGUCUCGCGGCGAUCUGGUGUGAAGCCAGUCGCCGACUAGCUCCUCUUUCGUUUCUCACCUGAGUUGCUUUCUUGAGGACCGUCUCCUGUUGCGCCGAUGGACGCACCCUCCUCAUCCUCCUCUUUUCCUUGGGACUUAGUGUUCAUGCUGUCAUCAUCAUAAUUUAUCUUGUCUCCUAUGGGGAUUAACAUUAGCAUGAGUCUCAGGCACCGUGGACACUGACACCCCCCUUGUCCUCCUCUUAAAACGGUUCAGAGAUUUCCAUCUCUUUUUUUCUACUAUUCUUUUUUUUUCCUGGGGGGAAGGUAAUCAAGGAGGGGGGCGAAGAUGCUGAACCAGGGGGCCGUGAUGCUCUUUACAGGGCUGUGUGGGGCACUGGUGGUGCUGUCGAUCGCCUACUACACCUACUGGUCUGUGGUGUUGGCUGACGGGCCGUGCAAACGGGGCUUGUGAAGGGAACCCACCGUGGUUGGCCGUAGUGUGUGGAUAGUCCUGCUAGCCCCCAGACAGCCCUGGCCAUGGGGCUGAUAGCGUACAUCAAGAGCCUGUUCAUCCUGCAGCUGCUGGUUGGCUUUGUGUUUGUGGUCAGCGGCCUCAUCAUCAACUUCAUCCAGCUGUGCACCUGCGUCCUAUGGCCCAUCGACAGGCAGCUCUACAGAAAGAUCAACACCCGCCUCUCCUACUCCCUCUGGAGCCAGCUGGUAAUGCUGCUGGAGUGGUGGUCGGGCACAGAAUGCACCAUAUUCACAGACCAGGCCACGGUGGACAAGUUUGGCAAGGAGCAUGUCAUCAUCAUCCUCAACCACAACUACGAGAUCGACUUCCUCUGCGGCUGGACCAUGUGUGAACGCUACGGCGUGCUUGGAGCUUCAAAGGUCUUGGCCAAGUAUGAACUGCUGAAGGUGCCUCUGAUUGGCUGGACCUGGUACUUCCUGGAGAUCGUCUUCUGUAAGAGGAAGUGGGAGGAGGACAGAGACACCGUGUUCAAAGGCCUGACACAGCUAAAGGAUUACCCUGAGUUUAUGUGGUUCCUCUUGUACUGUGAAGGCACCCGUUUCACACCGAAGAAGCAUGAGAUCAGUAUGGAGGUAGCAGAGAGUAAAGGUCUACCAAAACUCAAAUACCAUCUGCUGCCCAGAACCAAAGGCUUCACCACAACACUGAGCUGUCUCAAGGGCACAGUAUCUGCUGUGUACGACGUGACACUAAAUUUCAGAGACAAGAAGGUCCCAACGCUGCUGGGAAUCGUCAGUGGAAAGAAGUACAUGGCAGAUAUGAAUAUCAAGCGGUACCCAGUGGAGGAAAUCCCAGAGGACGAGAAGGAGUGUGCAACCUGGCUUCACGAGCUCUACCAGCGGAAGGAUGCACUGCAGGAGCACUACGAGAAGGAGGGCAGUUUCCCCGGUCCCACCAUCAAGCCCCCCCGUCGGCUGUGGACGCUGCUCAACUUCCUCUUCUGGGCCACAUUGCUUCUCACCCCCCUCCUCAACUUCGCCUGCGGGGUGUUUGUCAGCGGCUCUCCCCUCCUCAUCGUCGGCUUCUUGAUCUUCUGCAUCAUCGCCUCCAUAGCAGUGCGCCGCCUGAUCAGUGUAUCUGAGGUGAACAAAACCGGCUCUACUUAUGGCAAAAUGGAGGGCAAGAAGGAGAACUAGAACUCUUUAUGGCAGUCACGUUACGGUCCCUCUACGGUCAACGCUCGGUGUCUGAGCGGUCGUUGCGGUCCCCGCACAGACAGACCCUGUGCAGCCACCCUCCUUUAAAAAUAAGUAAAAACACAGCCGGAGAGUGGGGGGGAUAUAACUGAAUAGACUUUCUAGAUGUAAGCUAAAAUAUUAAUUAUGAUGAUUGUGAUACGGAACAAAAUUUAAAAUGGAACUGUUGCAGUUGACUCCCUCUGAAUGCAUCCUUCCAGUGAGAGGGGGGUGACAGACAGCAGGACUGAAUGGUAGAUACCAGGGGGUGUAGCUCUUUAGCACCAAACGCUUCCUGCACCCCAGCUCGAGGCCCCCCAUGGGUGUCUGUCUCCUCCGCACAGCCUUGUUGUUCACUUCAUCCACAUGCUCCAGAACUCUCCUGUUGUAGCAGUACCACUUUCUCCAACAUGCACACCACUUCCUGCCACAGCAGCCCACCCUAAAGAAGUUCUCUCCACCUAUCAAAUAUGCUAAUUUUCUGCUUUAGUAUCUCUGACUGGGCCAGCCCACACCAGUCAUACGUCCCUCUGUAGUUUCAGCAAGGUGCUCUACUGUCUGGAGAAGACUGAGAUUCCCAGCAUGCUUUAGCUCCCCACCCUUCCCCUCCAUGAGGGUUGGGUGUGGAGGUGAAGGAAUCUUAACACCUCUGAGCACAUCCUGUUAUUUGUUUGUCCAUCUCCUCAUGAAACUUGAGCUGAAUCCUGACACAAACGAGAUUGAGCAUGCUGCUACUCCCCCCCGUCCCUCCCAGAAAAGCACAGAUGUGACGGCCAACCUCGCACCACUAAAAUGCAGUAUUUAAUGUUAAUUUAAUGACAGGUUUGGGCCGGAGUUGAUUUCUGAAUUGCUUGUAGAUCCCAUAAAUACUGGUUGUUAUAAACAGUAAAAAAUGAAUCGUUUGGUUGCCAAUGAAUAUACAAAAGUGAUUGAAUGAUGGGAUUUCCAAUGUCAAGAUGUAAUCCUCACUUUUUUCUGUGUGACAUAAUAAAUGUAUUUCCCUACA